CCGGAUGAGGCUCCGCCCCCGGAGGCCCCACCCACCUCGUUCUGCCGGAGCCCUGAGUACCCGGAUGCGGGAGCGCCGUUGGGGUCCCUGGAACCGUGGCUAUUACAGAGGUGCUCCUUCCAGCUUCUGUGUGCUCAGACCCAGGCAGCACCCACAGGAUUGCCUGUCCUCCAGCAGCUCAGUGCAAAGGUGUGAACUCAGCUUGCUUCACAGUCUUUCCACCAUGACCUCCAAGAAACUGGUGAACUCAGUGGCAGGCUGUGCUGACGAUGCCCUUGCUGGGCUGGUGGCCUGCAACCCCAACCUGCAGCUCCUACAGGGCCACCGGGUUGCCCUCCGUUCUGACCUGGACAGCCUCAAGGGCCAGGUGGCACUGCUCUCUGGUGGGGGCUCUGGCCAUGAGCCUGCCCAUGCUGGCUUCAUAGGGAAGGGGAUGCUGACGGGCAUCAUUGCCGGAGCCGUGUUCACCUCCCCAGCAGUGGGCAGCAUCCUGGCGGCCAUCAGGGCAGUGGCCCAGGUGGGCACAGUAGGGACCCUCCUCAUUGUGAAGAACUACACUGGGGAUCGGCUCAACUUUGGCCUGGCCCGGGAGCAAGCCCAGGCUGAGGGCAUCUCCGUGGAGAUGGUGGUCAUCGGGGAUGACAGCGCUUUCGCGGUCCUGAAGAAGGCAGGCAGGCGGGGGCUCUGUGGCACAGUGCUCAUACACAAGGUGGCAGGUGCCCUGGCUGAGGCCGGUGUGGGGCUGGAGGAGAUCACAAAUCGGGUGAGCAUGAUCGCCAAGGCCAUGGGAACUCUGGGGGUCAGCCUGUCCUCUUGCAGCAUCCCUGGUUCCAGACCCACCUUUGAGCUCUCAGCUGAUGAGGUAGAGCUGGGCCUUGGGAUCCAUGGGGAAGCUGGCGUGCGCCGGAUAAAGAUGGCAUCCGCCGAUGAAAUUGUGACGCUCAUGCUUGAUCACAUGACGAACUCCUCCAACGUGUCCCAUGUGCCUGUACAGUCUGGCUCAUCAGUGGUGCUGAUGGUCAACAACCUGGGUGGCCUGUCAUUCCUGGAACUGGGCAUCAUAGCCAAUGCUGCCAUCUGCUCUCUGGAGGCCCGUGGAGUGAAGAUUGCCCGUGCCCUAGUGGGCACCUUCAUGUCAGCCCUGGAGAUGCCUGGUGUCUCUCUCACCCUUCUGCAGGUGGAUGAUCCCCUCCUGACGCUGAUCGAUGCUGAAACCACUGCAUCAGCCUGGCCUAACGUGGCCAAGGUCUCCGUGACUGGGCGGCAGCGGAGCCGGGCAGCCCCCACUGAGCCCCUGGAGGCCCCUGACUCUACUGCUGCAGGAGGCUUGGCCUCAAAGCGGAUGGUGCUUGUGCUAGAACGGGUGUGUGCCACCCUGCUGGGCCUGGAGGAACACCUGAAUGCCCUGGACCGCGCUGCGGGUGAUGGGGACUGUGGCACUACCCACAGCCGUGCUGCCAGAGCAAUCCAGGAGUGGCUGAAGGAGGGCCCACCCCCGGCCAGCCCUGCCCAGCUACUCUCCAAGUUGUCCCUCUUACUACUGGAGAAAAUGGGAGGCUCAUCUGGAGCGCUCUACGGCCUGUUCCUGACUGCAGCAGCCCAGCCACUCAAGGCUAAGGCCGAUCUCCCAGCCUGGUGUGCUGCCAUGGAUGCAGGCCUGGAGGCUAUGCAGAAGUAUGGAAAGGCUGCUCCAGGAGACAGGACUAUGCUGGAUUCUCUGUGGGCAGCAGCACAGGAGCUCCAAGCCUGGAAGAACCCAGGGGCUGAUCUAUUCCAAAUCUUGACCAAAGCAGUCAAGAGUGCAGAAGCUGCAGCUGAGGCCACCAAGAACAUGGAAGCCGGAGCUGGAAGAGCCAGUUAUAUCAGCUCUGCGCAGCUGGAUCAGCCAGACCCCGGGGCAGUGGCGGCUGCAGCCAUUCUCCAUGCCAUCAUGGAGGUCCUGCAGAGCCAGGGGCCUGUCUUCUGAGUUCAGCAACUCCUCUACCAGCCUUCAGAAUUGCUCCACUGUAGAAACUGCAGGCACUGGGUGGGUCACAUGCCACUUCAGGACUGCCCUUCUACCUUCAGAGACCACCCUGCUCCACCCCAGCCAACUGAAGCUUCAACAAUAAGGCAUUUCCCCAGGGCAGCAGCACAGCCUUUAAAUGGCAAUGCUAAUUUGGUUUUAAGACUCCCGGUGAAAGGCUUUCUGCACCUGAACCUGAGUCCAUGUGGAAAAGCAAGCUAAUAAACCACAUUGAAACAACAGA